AUGAAAGAUAACAAAACAACAACAUUAAGAGAUGUUUUAAAAUCUCUUCCUAAAUUUUUACUUUUAGUGAUACUUUCUCUGGAAGAAUUAACUACCUCAGUCAACUUAUUAAGCAAUUUUCUUAAGUCAGCAAUGGCAGGUUUAAUAAGUAAUUCAGAUGAUUCUUUUUCACCAAAAGUAUCAAUCUUAGAUUCACUACAAUAG